UUUAACUCAUGCGUUUGAACUUACAUUUUAAUAAAACCUCGUCUGUCCGCUGCUUCUUUCCAAAUCAUGACAAUUGGAAUUAGAAGUAUUUCGAAGCUUGUUGUGCCUGUCAUUGGCAAUUUAUUCUGCAUUUCAAGAGCGCAAUUAAGCACCAUAAAAAUGGCUGCCGCUAAUAAUCCCGAUUAUAAAUCGGCCACAUCCAUCCAUGAGUUUACUGUGAAGAACAUAAAAGGAGAAGAUGUGAAACUGGACAUCUACAAAGGCCAUGUAUGCAUCAUAGUGAAUGUCGCCUCCCAGUGCGGACUCACCGCAAACAAUUACAAGCAACUCAAUGAACUGUAUGACCAAUAUGCUGAGAGCAAAGGCCUCCGCAUCCUGGCAUUCCCUUGUAACCAAUUCGCGGGUCAAGAGCCUGGCAACCCUGAGGAGAUCGUGUGCUUCAUGUCCGAGCGCAAGGUCAAGUUCGACAUGUACGAGAAGAUUGACGUAAACGGGGACAACGCCAGUCCUCUGUGGAAGUUUUUGAAGCACAAGCAAGGAGGUACCCUAGGGAACUUCAUCAAAUGGAAUUUCACGAAAUUCAUUGUCGACAAGAACGGUGUUCCCGUCGAACGCCAUGGCCCCAAUGUGGACCCCUUGGACUUAGUCAAGUCUUUGGAGAAGUAUUGGUGAAAAGACAAGGAAAUUUAUUUUUAAGGGACUAGUUUGUAGUUUUUUGUUACGGCGGCAUUAUUCAUUAACUUUGAAAAGGCUUGUCUUAAUUUUCCUUCUCUCUCUUUUUUCGCGUAUAACCGAUAGAAAGAGAGAAAUAAAACAUGUCUUUUCAACUUUCGUGAAUAGAUAGACCAGCUGAACAUAAAUAACUUAUUGGAUAGGUUCUUUAAUGCUUUAUUGGGGGUUAAGCAAUGUUUCAUGAGUAUGUAUAUUAUUUUUGUGUUAUUUUUAUCAAGAAUUCUACUUUAGGAAUUUGUUACUAAGCAAAAUUUUAUUCUAUUUAUACGUAAAACUAUAAAGUUAUGAAUAUGUUGAUUACACAAAACAAAUUGUUUCUACACCAAGUGUAAGUUUUUUUAUAACUAUAUAUUUAGGUGUCUGUGCCUUUCCGUGAACCACAAGUGAAAUUUAUACAAAAACAGUUUCACGCCACACCAGUUUUUUCUUCUCUUAAAGUUUAUAACCAGUUGGCAGAAGUAACUAUAAAUUGGACAAUAAGAAGAAAGUUUGAUCUUACUAAAGAUGCAGUCGCAAAUGGGGUUCUGCAGCAAAGAAAAAUCUUUGACUGUGUGAUAAUUUACCCCAAGUUUUCUAAGUUCCGAAAGAUCUCUGAUGAUCUCUUACAAAAUGUCUGUGGCCGCAGAGCAGCAACCAUUCAAAACAUACAAAAUGACUUGUCAGCCUUUUGGCCUCUCAUUGCCUUGUUUUUUCUAACUUUUCAAUAUUCAAAUAUAUUAGCCGCUCAAGCAAAGUCCAGAAGCUGGAAGAAAUAGGAUGGUCAGUAAAGAUGAAAAUAUCUAUCAUAGAACCAUCUCAGUGCCUGGAAUAACAAGGCAUAAUUAGGGACACUUAGGAAAGCUGAAUUUUGCAGCAUAUACUGUCCCCUUCGAAAUAUGUCCCUGGUUGCAAAUAGAGUCCCAACAGACUGUCUAUAGCGAGACGCCGCACACUUAAUUAUAAAAUGGUUAGUUAUUUUUUUCUUUGAGCUCUUUUUAGUGGGAAUGAAUUCAAAUUCUAAGAUUCGUGAUAGUAAGAGCAUUUAUUAUGUAAUGUCAAUAUUUGCAAUAAUUAUGUAUGUAAAAUAAGGCUUAUAACUGGUUUUAAAAAUUGAAAAAAUAUGCUAAGAACGGUUUGUAAAAGUAGUUCGUUAUUUGUGCCUUUCGGCGAAGCAAAUAAGUGAAACGCUAACCAAGUAGAUCUUUGUACUGGCAAGGGGAGAGGGGCCUCAUAUUUAUUUAUUAAAAAAAUUCAAUGUUUUUUUAUUGCUUACAUUAUUUCAUUUCAUUCAAAUAAUCUUUUUAAAUAUUGUAAAUCCGGUUUCUUCUUUGUGUAAUAAGUUCACAACACUUUGUUCACGCCUCUUUUCCGGAGGGGUAGGUAGAGAUUUUACUCUACUCUCCACGAUCCCUCAACUACACUUCUAUCACAAUAAAUACCUUGGUUAGUUGGUAAUUUUUAUUCACAAAAACGAGUGUCAUUACACAAGUACAACUAAACAAUGUAAUUUGUAUAUUAUUAUGUAUGAUUAAGCAAGUUUGCAUUGUUGAAACAAAAUAAAAUUUAUUGUUUUCCAA